UAAACUUGUGCAUAUCCAGAACAUGACAACUUCCAUGUCCGUGCGUCUGUCAGAGAACUUUAAACUUCUUUUGUCGGUCUCUCUGUGUACUAGCUUCGAACGGUGAGGAGGAUUUAAGUAGUUCAGUUUUAAGUUUAUACAAAUAAAGGUGAAAAGAGACUUCGGCAACAGAAAGAACCCAGAAGAGGGGGAAAAUGGAGGCAAUGUUAGUCUUGGCAAAGAGGGUUUCUAAAACUUCACCCAGAGACUUCCACAAUUGUUUCCGAUCUGCAACUCAUUGUCUCUCCACUGCUUAUGAACUUGCUCAAGGUGGCUUUGCGGUAGCAGGAACAACAAGGACAUCAAAUGAUCCCAUAGGUGAAGGCAUGUAUGAAGUAAAACAAGAAGCUCCUGAUGUGGAUGAGGGAAGAGCCAGUGGCCCAUCAGAGUUUGUUGCAGAAACAGCUAACGAGGGAGUGAAGAAGGCAGGGGAGCAGGCUGAAAAUGUUGGAGACACAGCCAAGGAAACAAUGGAUGGUAACAUUCAUGAGGAUCCUGCAGUUGUUGAGGUCCAUAAGAUUGAUGAUUCCAUUGACACUCAAGAAUAUAGAAGUAUUGAAGAAGUGCAUAAAGCAGGAGGCUAUGAUAAGGUCCAUUAGAGGUAAAUGUUUUUGGUUUUCAUAGCUUUCUUUCAUUUUGCUUAAUUAUAUGCAUAUGCACAUUGUAAAAUAUGCAUAAAUGCACUUUUAUAACUCAAUCUAGAGUUGAAUUGAAGUCCGUUUCCAUCAUUGUAAAGUAAAUCCACUGAAACCAAGAGAAGAAAAAAGGAAAUGAAUGAUAAAAAGUUAAGGUUUUUGAGGACUUACAGAUGGAAGAUUUUGCAGUCUCAUAUUUUAAUCAGGGGUGAAAGCAGGAGAUGAAGUGUUUGAAUUCAUUGUGUCAUUUCAGUUGUUGCAUUUGUGCAUUAAGGGUUUUGGGAUGCUUUCCUUUACAUACAAAGUGGCUAAAUUUUGUCCAUUUGCCACAGUGAAAAGGAGAAUCAGAUACUCUAGCUAAAGCCUACUAAAUAAAUUCCCAAAAAAUGAGUACAUAGAGGGAUAAAAUGCUGUAUGAAAGCAAUGGAGGAUAAAGCCAAGGAAAAGAUUUUAAGGCCAAUCUAUUAGAAAUGAUGUUAAAUGUUUUGCAGUCAUAUCAAGGAAGAAUAAAUGACGUGCACCUUUAACGUUAUAGCACUUGGUGCAUCCAUUGAACAGAAGAAUCCACAAGCAACUCUGGACCAAAAUACAACUCAAUGGUGAGAGUGAUGGGCACUUUAGAUGGUGAUCAUCAAAGUCCAUGUACAACAUAUGCCCUUUUUAUCGUUUCUUCCUUUAUACUAGAAAAGAGCGACGCGGAGAAGUGUGGAGGUGAAAGGUAGAUGGAGGUGUUUUUGGAGCCUCAUGGCCAUGGUCCUCAGCAGAAUCAUGGUGGUAUUUAUGUGGCUAAAAACAAUUCCAUCUCCAGUAAAUGGUUUUGAACCUUAAUCUGUAAUGGGUUGCUCAGAUUUUUCAAUCUACUAAUUUCUAUUGAUUAAAGAAUGCAUAUGAGAUAAUUCUGCUUUUUACUCCUAUCAUAGAAAGCAUUUUUGGUAAGUGAUUUCUUGUUUGGCUGAAAUGGACAAAUGGGAAUCUUGACUGGAGAGAAACAUCACUAUUUAUUUACAUGUAUUUGUGACACCUCUAGACGAAUCUUGCAUCAACAAAACAUGAGAGAGAUGACAGAUUUGUAUGUAUAUCUCACGUUGCUUGGGGAUAUUAAGAUAUAACUGAUUAAAUAGUUUAUGAACUUCUUAAACUGUCAAGAGGCGUUUUAGUUUAUAAAAUCCAAAAACAAUACUAUAAUGGAUGGUGUAUCUAAAGUGGACAAUAUCAUCUCAGUGAGGACGCUGAGUCUUGUUGCAAAUCCCAUGGACUGGACCAGGAUAAUAUAAUAUCCCUCAAGUUUUUCAUGUAUUUUCAGUAAAUACUCUGAUGAAAGCAUUUUUUCUGAUAUUGUCAAAUCUAGUAGAUUCAUAGAUUAUAAGACUGUCUAAAUGUGAAAUUUGCUAGAAAGAUUAACAACAUAUUCAAUUACCUCAUGGAAGUUGAAUCAGUGUAACCAUCACAUAAAAAUAUGCCAGAUAAUGUGGCAUUGUGAUGAUGGUGAUUGUGUGUUUGGUUCAUCUCUUUUCAUGUACCUUGAUUUACAGUCUAACAUGAUUGGUAUUACGAAAGAAUAGAAUACUUUUCAGUAAUGAAUCAUUAAGCUCUCUGUUAAAAUCUUAAUGUUUUUGUUUCUUUCUUCUGGUAUUGUUUUCACAAACCCAUUUCAUCCAUGCAUUCUACAGAAUUCAGAAAUAAACAAAAUGGCAAAGAGAUAUAGCUGUUUAUAAGUUAUGUUUUUCAUAAUACAAUGAACAUUGUAACUUUCAAUCAUUUACUUUACAAGUCUACACGAGAGAAUAGAAAAUGUUGCUAGCUAGUGGUCCUACCAUUCUAUCUUUUUCACCUUUUUCUUAACGCAUUUUUCACCUUCAGAUUUCUCCACUUUGCUUCAAUUUCACCUUAUAUAGCUGUGUUGUGAACGCACCUUGUGUGCAAUGGAUGUUAUAAGCUAUGCAUUCAUCGAAAGAAAAGAUGAGCCUUAGUUGCGAUGACUGUAUAGACAAUGACAUGGAAGAAGAAGAAGAAGGUGGUAGUGGUGGUGGCGAUGGAUAUGGUGAUGAUGAAAAGAAGAAGAAAGUGAUGGGCAGAAGAGGAUCUUGCAGUGGUGGUGUUGGCGGGGUGUCGCUGCCUUGUUGCCAAGUUGAGAAGUGUGGCGCCGACUUAACCGAUGCAAAACGCUACCAUAAGCGCCACAAGGUCUGUGAGUUUCAUUCCAAGGCUCCUGUUGUCAUUGUUUCUGGUCUCAGGCAAAGGUUUUGUCAGCAAUGCAGCAGGUUCCAUGAGCUAUCUGAAUUUGAUGAAGCUAAAAGGAGUUGUCGCAGGCGUCUUGCUGGUCACAAUGAGAGACGUAGGAAGAGCUCAGCUGAAAUGAUUGGUGAAGUCUCAUCAAGUCGAAAAGGUGCCAGUCCUCAGGCGAAGGAGAGUCAGUAUAAGCAGGGUGAUGAAAGAGGCAGAGUUCAGAUGCAGAUGCCUCUCCAAGGGAAUAACGCCCCUCAUAAGCGUUCUCAGAUCAGAUAAGCGAAGCUUUCUGCUUUGCUAAGCACCAUGCUCUCUAUCUUCUGUCACCUCAAAGCUUCAUUGCAGUAGUUUCUAAGCUCUAUAAGAAGAAAUAAAAUGUUUAUGUAACACAGGAGUGUCACAUGGCUAUUUUCUGUGUUUUAUCCUAAUAGAGAUAACAUUAUUACCAUUUUAGGGAUUUCUCAGCUAUGCAUUCACACGGCUGUUCAUCA